AUGACCACACAUGACCUUUUGAACAGUACUUUGGUUUGCUUUUUAUUUCUACAAAUUUAUCUAUGCCAUGUCUACACAGCUGCCCUUGGCUUUGAUGAUAAGAUUGUCGGGGGUUACGAGUGCAGACCUCACUCUGUGCCCUGGCAGGUGUCGCUCAAUAACGGCUGGCAUUACUGUGGAGGAACCCUGAUCAAUGACCGCUGGGUGGUCAGCGCUGCACACUGCUUCAAAGAUGAGGAGAUUGAGCUGCGUCUGGGUGAGCACCACCUCCGCUACAAGGACGGUCCCGAGCAGUUCAUCGCUCCAGCUGUGAUCAUCCGCCACCCAGAGUACGACCGCUACACCAUCAACAACGACAUCAUGCUCAUCAAACUCGCCGAACCAGCCAAGUUCGAUGAGUACGUCCAGCCCAUCGCUCUGCCCAAAAGCUGUGCUCCUGCAGGGACCCAGUGUCUGGUCUCUGGAUGGGGGGCCACCCAGAGCCCCUUCGGUUGUCUGAAAUGUCUGAACUGCCUGGAUCUGCCCAUUCUGCCCCAGGAUGACUGUGAGCGCUCCUACCCCAACAGAAUCACCUCCUCUAUGUUCUGCGCCGGCUUCCUGGAGGGAGGAAAGGACUCCUGUCAGGGAGAUUCUGGUGGUCCUCUGGUGUGUAACGGGGAGCUGCAGGGCGUUGUAUCCUGGGGAUGGGGCUGUGCUGAACAAAAUCGUCCUGGUGUUUAUGCCAAGGUCUGCCAGUUUACUGACUGGAUCCACUCCACUAUGGCCUCUCACUGAAGUUAUUCUGUGGAAGAGAGGUCGAUUCUGACGGACACCGCUGCAUUAAAGACGACAUUUUUAAAGCAUGUUACAUUAUAUGAGGACUCUGUAUUUGAAACAUUCUAGUGAACUGGUGCAACAUGUCAUCCUUCAAUAAAAAAACACUUUUAAGAA